AUGUCCCGGAGUGGAGUGGUCGGUGAUGAGAAAGCAGCAUCAUCUCAGCCCGUCUCUCGGGGCUGGUCUCUUGUGCAACUCCUUGGCUGCUCUGAAGCUGAAGUCAGGCUGCAGACAGGACAGGCUGCUCCCAUCUCCGACAGCAUGAAGGUACCGUUCGUGCCCCUCUCCACCGGCACACAGAGAAAUGCUAGUGGGCUGGGCUGGGCUGGGUGGACUGGGCUGGGCAGUUGUGUCUAUGAGCUGUUGCGUGUUGUGCAGGCACAGAUAUACCUGACGGUGGAGAACGAGGUGGAGGUUGCCCAGUUUAUCAGUAGCCGGCCCGGCAGCCUGCAGCUGACCAGCUCCUUCCACCGGGCCCUGCACCAGCUGCCCGCCGUGUACGACCAAACCGCCUACCGACGCCUCAUCGAGGACUACGGCACACACUACCUGAGGCGUGGCUCGCUGGGCGGCAGCUACCGGAUGCUCUAUAUGGUGGACAAGGACCGCUUCAGUGAGGCAGAGAUCAGCGAGGAAAAGAGAUCCCGAUGCUCGCAGAUCAAUAUCAACUUAUUCAUCGUGAAGUACUAUGACUCUGACUGCAAGCAAUAUCAGAACGCCAUGAAGAACGCCUUAGGUGGGUCAUCGGGGCUGGUGCAAGGCCUGUCCAACACGGUGGGUGGGCGUCCCGGCUUCGUGGCAGCCCUCAGCUUCAUCGACGUCAACAACGUGAAUGCCAACGGCGAGAACUACGCCAGGUGGGCCGGCUCCGUCAUCGAGAACCCCGUCAUCAUCAAGACCAAGCUGGGUCCCCUGGACGAGCUGGUGAAGGGGGUACCGUGCGCGGGUGUGAAACGUCUACACCUGCAGCGUGCGCUGGAGGACUACCAGGCGGAGAAGGAGCCCUGCCGCUGCCGGGCCUGUGCCAAUGGGGGCCGCGCCCAGGUGCUGGGCACCAGCUGCCACUGCUUCUGCCAGCCCUACACCUACGGACCCACCUGUCAGAGUGGGGCGCUGGUCCAGCAACCCGAGGGAGGCAGCGGUGUGGACGGUGGAUGGAGCUGCUGGAGUGGGUGGAGUGAGUGCCGAGGGGGCCAGAGGCAGCGGGCCCGGAGAUGUGACAAUCCCACGCCCGGCCCUGGGGGCAGAGGCUGCACCGGCAACGCACUACAGCACCAGCACCAUUGCCUGUCCCGACCUCCAGAUGGAACACACUUACACACAGCACACGUGGGGAGGGAGCAGGGGUCUACACACUGCUGCCACUUCCACUCUCCCCCUUUCUCUCCCUGUAGCACGGUAGAACCUCACUGCUUUGAACAGGACGAGACUCCAAUCAGGGGCUGCUCUGAUCCUCCACCCAUGCAGAACGGGUAUGUUCAGGGAUUGCAGCAGCAGUUUGCUGCGGGGACCCACGCUAUCUACAGGUGUGAUGUCGGAUACUACCUGUCCGGGGGCGACGGCACUGUGCGGUGCGGAGACGAUCUCCGGUGGGAAGUCACCAGCCUCCGCUGCCUGAGGACGGUGUGUGGCCCACCAGAGCUGGGGCCCGGGGUGAGUGCCAGUCCCAGCCAGCCCAGCUACAGCAUCGGGCAGCAAGUCACUCUCUCCUGCCCCCCACACAUGGCCUUGCACGGACCGCCCCGCAUCACCUGUGACUCCGGCCUGAACUGGGACCACCACCUCAGCCAGGUCAGGUGUGACGCAGUCCCUACAGUGGACACCCGGCCCCAAGUUCACUGCCCGGCCUGGAAGAAACUGGUGGGCUCCGCAUGUGUCUGCAAAAUGCCCUACGAGUGCAGUGUGUGUGUGUGCCGGGUUUACCAGCUGCCGUGCCACUCUCUCUGUGUGUCUCCACAGGGCCUCUCUCUACCGGUGUGUGCCAUGGAGCAGGUGUCUGAGCGCCGUCUGCGGCUCACCUGGUGCAAGCUGCGGUCACUGCAGUGCCUGGGCAAGAGGUUCACCUUAGUCAACGAUUCCGACUGCCCCCCGUCGCCCACCCUCAGCCCCAGCAAACAGCUCUGUGGCCGCUGCUCACCUUGGGAGACAUGCGAUGGCUCCCAGAGUCGGUGUGUGUGUCGGUCCGGGGGUGAAUGCUCGGAGCCGGGCAUUGAGUUCUGCGUGCAGCCGCAGGGCUCGGAUGUGGAGCAGACCGUGAGCGAGUGCCAGGCCGGCGUAUGGAGUUGCCAGGGGCGAACCUUCACCCCAACCGCAUCCUGGCCCUGCGCUGGACCCUCAGUCGCACCCUGACCCCACCCACAGCAAGGGGCCACGCUCAGCACUCUCCACCCGAAACCUCACCCAUCCCUUCUCUCCACAGAUGCUGCCUGUCCCGCUGAGUUACUCCAGCACUUGGUGUCUAUAUCUUUGGUGUAAACCAGCAUCUGCAGUUCUUUCAUGCACAGCAUGCUCAUAAACCCGCUCACAUCCCCCCCCCCCCCCUCCCCA